GUGGGUGUAUCUAGUAUAAAGGCUGUGAACUGCCACUAGUGACUACACAGUUACCAUGAAGCUCGUAAUUUUGGCUUUGAUCAUCGCUGGCGCCUAUGGAUGUGGGCAGCCCAUCUACCCACCCGUGUUGAACAGGGUAGUUGGAGAUGGUGGAAGUGAUGUAGAUGAUGCCAGAGCUCACAGCUGGCCCUGGCAGGCCUCUCUGCAGUAUCUGAGUGGUGGCACCUACUACCAUACCUGUGGAGGCACCCUCAUAUCUAACGAGUGGGUCCUCACUGCUGCUCACUGCAUCAGCAGUCGUACCUACAGAGUGUAUCUGGGUAAGCACAAUCUGAACACCCAUGAGGAGGGCUCCAUUGCCAUCGCUCCUGCCAAAAUCAUCAUCCAUGAGCUUUGGGACUCCAACAGAUACCGGAAUGACAUUGCCUUGAUCAAGCUGCAGACCCCUGUGCAGUUUUCUGACACCAUCCAGGCUGCCUGUCUGCCCGAGGCUGGACAGAUCCUGCCCAAUGGCUACCCCUGCUACACCACCUACUGGCUCCGUCGCUUGACUGGAGGCCCUAUUAGCAGCGUCCUGAAACAGGCUCUGGUUCUCGUGGUUGAUCAUUCUAUCUGCCGUCAGUCUGAUUGGUGGGGAAAUGUGGUUACUGAGAAAAUGCUAUGUGUUGACCAGCUGGACAGUUGCAUUGGUGAAUCUGGUGGUCCUUUAAACUGCCGGAGGUCUGAUGGCACCUGGGACGUUCAGGGUGUGGUGAGCUUUAGCUCCAGUGUUAGCUGUAACUACCCCAGUAAGCCCCCCCUAUUCACCCGCGUCGCCUCCUACAUUGACUGGAUCAACAAGGUGAUGACCACAAACUAAAAGGUGAUGCCAGCUGUACAAA